GUUAAUUGUUGUUUAAAUAGACUGUCCAUGUGUGGGUGUCACAUCCACUGAUGAAAUAAUCUGGGAGAUAAGGAGCUUGCACUGUGUCUUCCAAUAUGUAUGAACACAGCGUAUUAAAGAUUAUCCUGAUCCUUCUGGCAUUAGCUGUGUAUAUUGUUACUGUGGCAUUUAACGCAAUAGCUGGUUCGGGACUAUUAAAAGGAAUAUUCUUGCAAAGUGUAGGAAACAUCUCAAAUAAAUAUGACACUGAUUUUACACCGGCUGGGUGGACGUUUAUGAUCUGGAAUGUGAUAUUUGCUUGGCAGUUUCUUUGGCUUGGCUACGUUUUGUCUCUCAUCUGUAGAAGGAGUGAUGUGGGCUGGUUCUAUCUAAAACCCAAUGUAUUCCCUGUUUCUUUUUACCUUGUGUGGAUGCUGAAUAAUGUCCUCAAUAUAGGAUGGCUCUUCUUGUGGGACAGAGAGCAUACGAUUCCUGCUCUGGUAUUUCUGGGUGCCAUUGCUCUCACAAACUAUAUAGUUCUCUUUAUUUCUUACCGAGCUGUGUUUAUCCAUGGGGAUUGGCUACAGAGACAACGUAAAACCGAUUUAUGGCUCAUCAGAAUUUUUGUCCACAAUGGAAUUGCCGUAUAUGCAACCUGGACAACAAUAGCCUGUCUACUAAACUUUGCUGUAGUCCUAACAUACAAUGGAGGCUAUUCAAACAGCACGUCCACUACUAUAGCGCUGGCUAUCCUGACUUUUGAAGUACUGUUAUGGUUUUGUUUGGAAAACUUUGUGUUUGACAAGUACGUCCGUUAUACAAUCACAGUAUAUCCUGUGGUUAUUGUUGCUUUAUCUGGAGCAAUGAACAAGAGUUAUAAUGCUGCAUCUCCUGGUCCAAAUGGUAUUUUUAUAGCCGUGCUCCUCGCCGUGGCUUGCACUCUAUUUGCGGCACGUUUGGUUUUGGUGGUUGUGAAACACUGCAAAAGGCCACUUUACGGAUCAGUUUUAUUCCAGAAGACGUCAUUACCCAUGUCAUAAAAAGAGCUACGAAGACGUAAAUCAUGUACUCCAAUUAUUAAUAACUUUGUAGCGCAUAUCUAAUUUAUAUGUAUAUACAGUGUUUGAUUAUACAAACUAACGAGUAUUCCAUCAUGGAGCCAAUUGCCAAGUACUUUCCAUUCUAAAUCUCCACUGCAACAAGGGACAUUUAGAAUGUUACCCUAUGACUGCCUGUUACUGUUAACACUUACGUUUUGUAGCACUAUGAGGGAUAUGAUGUAUGUACAAAAUUAGUGAGAGAGUAAUAUUGAGCACAAUGUUCUGAAAGUGAAUCAAUUAGUAGAGGUAUAAAUCUCAUCUAUUAUUUAAUGCUGUUUCAGCAUGGCCUCAUCCAGGAGAACAAUGACUGCAGUACACACAGUGCCUGAACUUUCCAUUGUGAGUGCUUAAGGUGCGCCCAUUUGGGGCGCUUACUUCCUGUUGUGAAGUACAAUGCUUAAGGGAAAAUAAGUUAAAAAUGUAUUGUAUUGUAAAUUAAAGGAACACUUGAGUCCUCUGAAUUACUGUAGCUUAGUGAGGUGCACUAGGGGUAAUGUCCCUUUCCCUUCUGGCUUUUAUCAUUUAAAAAAAGUGUUGAUUUCAAGAGAAAUCGCAAUUUUACAAAUCAUUCCCCUUAAAAACUCCUUUUGGCUGUCAUGUCACACCAGGGAGGGUGUUCAGCCUCAUUUGCUUUAAACUGUAGUUCAAUGUAAAAAUAAGUGCUUCUCACAGAUAAGCAUUAGUUUCAAUGUUCCUCUAUCAUGGUGAUUGCCGUGCAUGGGCCAUGUGUGCCAGUGCUUCUCUAUGAGAUAUGUGAUUGGACACAAGUUAUCUGUAAUGAUGAUGUCACAGGAGGUGGAUCAGAGCUGCUGGCAUCUCUAAACUAUAUCGUGAUAAAUAAAGGUGUUAAAGGGACACAACAUACCAAAGAUGCAAUAUUCUAAAUAACUUGGAAGUGGGUUAGCCUAUCGUGCUCAUCCUUUCAUUUCUGUGCAAGGUGGAAUAGAUUUACACUUAACAGAAAACCUGGUGGUGGCAUCCACAGCAUCAUAACCACUACAAAAAGCAAUAUUAUGGUGUUGAAAGCAAACCAUAAAGCUGAUGUUUUUUUAGCAGUGAAACACACGUCUCAUGAUUAUUUAGCAAGGAAGCAAAAACAUUUGCUAUGUUGAAUACAAAACAAAAACUAGUAUACAUUUUUUUUUUUUAAACUGUAAACAUCAUCUUUUUUUUACAACUGUUACAUUGAAACAUCUUUUUAUAACGACUUAUAUCUUAAGGGCUUAAAAUAAUAAACACAAAUAUAAUUGUUGCACAGUUUGUAAAACAUUGUACUUGUAUCUUCUGUUAUUCGUAUCAUGCAUUUAAUCUUUUCAUAAUAAAAAUGCUAUAAAAUGUAAAUAAAA